AUGGACGCCCUUUUAUGGGUUAUGGGUCCUGCGUUGGAAAACACUGACAAAGAAAAAAAAAUAGUACAAUAUCAAUAUCUAGUACACUGCACAAACGAGCCAAACGUCUCGAUACCCCAAUUAGCAAAUUUACUGGUCGAGAGGUCGCAGAACACGAAUUGGGUCGUAGUCUACAAAGCACUAAUCACGGUACAUCACAUGCUAGCAUAUGGUAAUGAGCGGUUUACACAGUACCUCGCUUCGAGCAAUUCCUCAUUUCAACUUAGUAAUUUUUUGGAUAAAAGUGGAGUCCAAGCCGUUGGGGCUAAAAUUGGAUAUGACAUGUCUCCGUUUAUAAGGCGAUAUGCCAAAUACCUGAAUGAGAAAGCUUACUCAUACAGGACAGUCGCAUUCGACUUCUGCAAAGUUAAAAGGGGGAAAGAUGAAGGUUCACUCCGCUCCAUGCACGCCGAAAAACUGCUUAAAACCCUCCCUGUCCUGCAGCAGCAACUGGAUUGCCUGCUGGAAUUUGACUGCACAUCAAAUGAUUUAACGAAUGGAGUCAUCAACAUGUGCUUCAUGCUGCUCUUCCGUGAUCUGAUACGUCUAUUCGCCUGCUACAAUGACGGCAUCAUAAAUCUUUUAGAGAAAUAUUUUGAUAUGAAUAAAAAACAGUGCAGGGAUGCAUUAGAUCUGUAUAAGAAAUUCCUGGUUCGAAUGGACAGGGUUGGAGAGUUCUUGAAAGUAGCAGAGAAUGUUGGUAUUGACAAAGGAGACAUUCCAGAUUUGACAAAGGCUCCCAGCUCACUUUUAGAUGCUCUGGAGCAACAUUUGGCUUCAUUAGAAGGAAAGCGAGGAAGCGCUGCCAAUACUCCUACACAAACAGCGAGUAACCAAAAGAAUGUGAAAAGUGGCGUGACUGCAUUAAGUUCGACAUCAAAUGCUUUUGGCAGUGCAGCACAAAGUUCUCGUCUCGAAAAUUCCAAUGGUAUUGAUGAGAAUCUCAGGCAACAGGCUCUUGCUGAAGAGGAAGCUGCUAUGAAUCAAUAUAAAUCAAAACUUCAGAGUCCGACAAAUUCAGCCGGAGCAAACUCGAGCACGAAUCCCUUCCUCUCGUCGCCAGUAUCGUCUCAGCCACCUGCUUCGGCAGCUGCUCCCAUAGUGGAUCUGUUUGGUCCAGCUCCACCGGCUUCCACUGGACAGAAUGGAGGCACCGUAUCGGGUAAACCAAGUGACGAUCUGCUGCAAUUAGGAAAUCCAUUUGCUGAUAUGUUUGGACCGCCACAGCCCGCAGUUUUACCGCAGCAGCAACAGCAGAACAAUAUGUGGACUAAUGGUUUCUCUCAGCAAACAACAACGAAUAGCUUCGUAUCAGACAGCAACUUUUCAUCAGUUUUUGGAAAUUCAGAAACUACAGAGGGAUUCGACGCAAUGGGAGAUGUAUUGCGUCCGUCAAUGAAAGCGAAUCAAAACGCAGGUACGAACCAGGCCGGAGGAGCGCCCGGAGCGCCUGGACAGGGACCAGCGGCCGGAGGCAAUCAGACGGGGAAGGUGCUCACUGGUGAUCUGGACAGCUCGCUGGCGUCGCUGGCGAAUAAUUUGACGAUUAACAAGAGUGCGCAGGCGCAAGUCAAGGGCGUAGCUUGGAACUCUCCCAAGAACUCAGCGAAACCAGGAUCAACGGGCUGGACCCCACAACCGAUGGCAGCCACAACUGGUGCAGGAUACAGACCUAUGGGUCAGGGCAUGCCCUUACCGCCUGUGAUGCACUCGCCACCGCCAACACUUGUGAUGCCCAUGGUGGGCCUGCAAGGUAUGGCUGCCGCCGGAAUGCGGCCGAUGAUGAUGCCCCAGACCGGCGCUCCAGGAAUGAUGGCACCGCAAGGAGCCCCCGGCAUGAUGCCUCAGGCGAUGAUGGGAGCGCCUCAAGGAGUCAAUUUUGGUAAUCCUGCUGCAGCGGCUGGAAUGCCGAUGAUGGGCAUGGGGGCGCAGAUGCAAACGACGAACAAUCAGAAUAUGGCCAACAUCCAACUGGAUCCGUUCGGCGCAUUAAUGGUUACAUAUAGAUGUUUAUGGGCCAUAUUAUUGGUAAUCAUUGCAAGUGCCUUAUUUGAAAUUGAUUUCAGUCAACUUGAUUUGGCACUAUUCAAUGUUCAAAGUUUCUCUCAGCAAACAACAACGAAUAGCUUUGUAUCAGACAGCAACUUUUCAUCAGUUUUUGGAAAUUCAGAAACUACAGCCGCUAACGAAGGACUUGUGCAAGAAGACCAACAGAAUCCGUUCUCCGGUGGCGACCAGAUGGGUGCUCUAUCCCAACAGUCCCAACAGGAACAGUUCCAAAUGUCCCAAACUAAUUUCCAACAGCAACAACAGCCUCCCCAAUCCAAUUUCCAACAACAGCAACAAUCGCCGAAGCCUAAGAGCGCCGUCGACGAUUUGAACGACUCGAUCAGGAUGGCGCUCGGAGGCGGAUCUCCGGCCAGACAGCCGAUGAUGUCGCCGGCGAGACAGAUGACAGGUACGAACCAGGCCGGAGGAGCGCCCGGAGCGCCUGGACAGGGACCAGCGGCCGGAGGCAAUCAGACGGGGAAGGUGCUCACUGGUGAUCUGGACAGCUCGCUGGCGUCGCUGGCGAAUAAUUUGACGAUUAACAAGAGUGCGCAGGCGCAAGUCAAGGGCGUAGCCUGGAACUCUCCCAAGAACUCAGCGAAACCAGGAUCAACGGGCUGGACCCCACAACCUAUGGCAGCCACCACUGGUGCAGGAUACAGACCUAUGGGUCAGGGCAUGCCCUUACCGCCUGUGAUGCACUCGCCACCGCCAACACUUGUGAUGCCCAUGGUGGGCCUGCAAGGUAUGGCUGCCGCCGGAAUGCGGCCGAUGAUGAUGCCCCAGACCGGCGCUUCAGGAAUGAUGGCACCGCAAGGAGCCCCCGGCAUGAUGCCCCAGGCGAUGAUGGGAGCGCCUCAAGGAGUCAAUUUUGGUAAUCCUGCUGCGGCGGCCGGAAUGCCGAUGAUGGGCAUGGGGGCGCAGAUGCAAACGACGAACAAUCAGAAUAUGGCCAACAUCCAACUGGAUCCGUUCGGCGCAUUGUAAAAAAAUUAAUUAAAAAUGUACAGGGACGAGUAGGGGAUGUGUGAUGUAAGGGGAAAGAAUUUAUGGAUUCAAUGAACAGCCCGAAUCCAAUCCAAUCCAAAUUGACUUGGUUUCCUAAACCGUGGAACCUCCAAAACACGGUAACAAAUAUAAAUAAAUAAAAAAAUAUUAUUCUUAUUAAUAAUAUAGGCAAGAAACUUGAUGUUGAAUAUUUUCGCAUGAUUUAUGAAGAUGUCUUUGAUCUGAUCAAUGAUAAUGUAUUUACUACUUCAUCUACUAGUGUACGUACUAUAAUUAUUAUUAUUAUCGAAAGAAUAUAAUAAUGAGACUUUGAGAAAAGAUGUGCAAUUUGUUAUUUAAUUGUUUAAUUAAUUGAUAAUUGAUUCAUCAUCGUCUAUACAUAUUUUUGUAUAAAACUCUAUUUGUUAUUUGUAAGUACAAGGUUUUUUUUCCUUAGCUGGAAACUUUUGAUGCAGAUGGAUAAUUGAAGAUGGAACUCGAAUUAAUAGUUUUUUAGUCUUUAGUAUUAGUGGUGUUGAGACUACUUGAGUAUUAAUUGAACCAAGUGCUGUUUGUUAAAUUUAUCUGAACUUUACAGAAAUCACUAGUAUAUCUUGUGUAUAUAAGUGAUAUUGAAUAUAUAUAUAAUUUUUUUUCUCAUUUUUCCUCUGCAUCAAUUGCUUUUCCAAUAUGAUUAUCGAAGUGUUUUCCAACAUUUCAAUGGAUAUUAGCCGUGUGAUAACAGAGUUUAAUGUUGAGCAUUUUUUCAAUUUUUUUCCAAAAAAGAUUGCUUAGUUUUUUUUGGAAAAGCAAAUAUGAUUUUUCCUCAUUAUGUAAGCGUAAUGUAAAAUUUUUGAGUCCUGUUGAAUGUUUG